AUGGUUUUAUGGAGGAAAGACUUAGCCAAUUUUUCAGUCCUGGAAGCUUCAUCUCAGAUGAUUGUGGGGAAGCUUACUGUGGCAGGGAAGGGUAGCUGGGUGGUUGCUUCAGUUUAUGGAAGUAAUGUUGCUCAGAUUAGAAGGAGGCUGUGGACUGAUCUAGAGAAGUAUUGUUCUAGUGAUCUUCCUUUUAUAGUUGGGGGUGAUUUCAAUUGCAUGAUUUCUCAAGAAGAAAAGAGAGGAGGGAAGAAAUUUUUAGUCAAUCAAGGAUCUAAAGAUUUUACUAAUUUCAUGAUUAGUAAUGAUUUGCAUGAGGUGAAGUCUAUGGGGCCAAAGUUUACAUGGUGCAAUAAUAAGAAUGGUGGAGCUCACAUUCUUGAGAAGCUUGAUAGAUGCCUUAUUAAUACCAUUGCUAUGAAUCAUAUUCAAAUUACUUUUGUGAAACACUUGUCUCGUGUGGCAUCGGAUCAUUGUCUAAUUUUGUUAGAGGUUUUUAAACCUUUGGUGCAUAGCAAAAAAAUGAUCAGGCAUAGCUCAAACUGGAUCAGCCAUAUAAAAUCUGGAUAUGGUAGUUAUUUGGAGGAUGAAUCUGAAAUUCAGAAAACCAUUACAGAUUUUUUCAGACUCAAGUGGAAGUUUAGGGAAUGUAAUUUAGAAGGGUGGCCGAAUCCUUCUAGUGUUCUUAAUGUGGAAGAUCAGAGAUUGCUGGAGGUAGAUUUCUGUCAGGAUGAACUCCAGUUGGUGGUAGAUAGCUUUAAGAGGAAUAUCUCACCUGGAGUUGAUGGGAUUUCUUUCUCAUUCAUAAAAGAUUUUUGGGAAAUUAUCAAAGAGGAUAUAUGGCUUGCUGUGAAACAAUUUUUUAUCUCAGGAAACAUGGAUGAAUCUUGGAAGGAAACUAUGAUUAUUUUGAUUCCCAAGAUAAAAAAUCGUCAAGAACUUGUCCACUAUAGACCAAUUAGUCUUUGUUUGACUGUUUACAAACUGAUUGCUAAAAUUGUACUCAAUAGAAUGGAGAAAGUCAUUCAUAAAAUCAUUUCCAAUGAUUAG